UCCAUAUAUUCGUCUCCAAUGGAAAUACGUUCAAGAUGGCGUCGCUCAUUGACAACUAUGAGCAACAAUACGCCGUUUUGACAGCUGACAUUACUGCAAAAAUUGGUAGAAUAAGAACACAAAGCGGCAAUGAGAAAAGACUGUCCAUUCAAGAUGUGGAUAGGCAGAUCGAAGAGGCUCAAGAACUGCUCGAGCAAAUGGAAUUGGAGGUUCGUGGGGUGAAUGGUGCAGCACGUGAUCGCUUGCGCGGUCGAGUAGAGAGUCAUAGGGCAGAAUUAAAACGAUUGACACAAGAAUUUCAAUCGGCCAAAAAGGCAAAGGAUGAAAGUAUUGAGAUAAGCAGGGAAGAUUCAUGGGAGAAUAAUAUUACGGAGGACCAGAAAAAAAGAUUAUUAGAUACCUCGGAACAAAUAGACCGCACAGGUAGAACUUUACAGAAUGGAUAUCGAAUGGUAUUAGAAACAGAAGAAAUUGGUUCUCAAGUAUUGAAGGAACUGCACGAGCAACGAGAGACGAUUCAAAAAGGAAGAGCAAGGUUACGAGAUACGGAUGCAGAGCUAGGUCGUGGUUCACGUUUACUCUCGGGAAUGAUGUUUAGAAGUCUUCAACAAAGAAUUGUUUUAGCAGUAGUGGCAUUAACGCUUAUAAUUGUUGCUUGUAUUGUCAUGUACUAUAGCUUUAAAUCUAAAAGCUAAAGACGAAAGUAGAACGAACGUUUUGGUUGGGAGAUAUUGGUUGAGAAGCCAUAUUUGAUAUUCACUCAAUUUCAGGUAUUAUGAUUAUUGAAUACAAUGUUUGUUAGGGGAUUAUUAAAUUACACACGAAGGAAUGUUAUAUAUCAUCCUUUCAUUGAUCUUUUCACUCAUUUGGAGCAUUUAGUAUCAUUAUAAUUUAAGCCUUCUAUGCUCAUUAGUGUUAAUCACAGUUCCGUAUGGAUUCGAUAUAUAUUUAAUGUUACCACACAAGAAGAAACGCUUAAAUAUGACAGAAUUACAUCAAACAGUGAGAGAAAAGUUCUAAUGUAUUAUUAAUAAUUAUAAAAAGUUAAUCUGUUCAGCGCCGUAUGUGAACAUUGUUCACAGAAACGGAAUUUAUUAAAAUGUUCCCAUGUAUUUAGAAUCAUCUUGUAAUACGUUUUUAAGUUGUCCGGUUUUGCAAUCGAUUUUUAUUACAUUAAUCUCAAGUUCGUUUUACACAUUGCACAUAUACCUGAUGGCAUUUUACGGUAAUAAAUGAUUGUUCGUUUUUAAAUAUCCUACUUUGUACUAGAUCAUAAUUCAGAAUUCGUUUGACUAUUGUUAUCGAUAAAAAUAUACAUCUAUAAUGUACCGUUAAGUGUGUCAUAAAGGCGGUAAUAAUUUGUAUCAAAAUACAGGAAUUAGGGAGACGAAGAAAUCUGUAAAUACACGCGACAAAUAUCAAAGGAUGACUAUAGUCAAGAGAAAACGAGACGCACCUAAUAAUAACACAUUUUAUUAUAACGUUAUCGAUUAUCUUGAUAGCCUAAACGGUGCUUUUCUUCUGUUUAUUUUUUUGCGCCUCUAUGUAAUUGUGAAGAAAAUGAUAUAAUAAAGUAUCGCGGGGUAACAAAUAUUCGAUGGCGAAAGUGAUUUCUCUAUGAAUGCGACGCAAACGUGUCUCGAUUUUUCGCGUUGCUGUUCUCGAUGCUAAAGAAAACAGAAUCAAAGACAAUGCUCAGUCUAAAUCAGUCCAAAUGUCGAUAGAGAUCUUCUAUCUGCGGUUUGAAGUAGUCUUUCAACUGAGGUCGUUUCAUUUUCAAUGUUGGUGUAAGAAGGCCAUUUUGUACGGAGAACGGAUCCGGAUGUAAAUAAAUGUCUUUCACCUGAUACGAACAGAAACGAUAGUGUUGUAUAUAACUUGCAAACUGUGUCAAUGAUAGAAGUUACUUCGAAAUUAUAUCACUUUACAAUAAAAUUUUUAUCUUUUAAACGUUACGUGAGCGGUGCGUUUAAACGUCUUGGAUACUUUGGUUGAAAAAUAUUUUUAAUUGUCACGUCGAUAAAAAAAACUUUCCUUUUUUGUUUUUCUUUAUGCGCGCAAACAAAUGAAAGAAAAAUUAAUUUUUUUAAGUAAAAAUAUUGGCAGAUUUUUCCCACCUGUUCGAAAGAUUUGAGACCGGCUUCUUUUCCCCACGAAAGCAUGUCGUCCAUGAUCAACUGUUUGACUUGCGGAUUAGCACAUAAUACGCUGAGUGUACCUGGUAUACCGUUCUCCACCGCCCAACAUUUUACAACAUCCACGUGUGGUAUUACUAUUCCUACAACGCAAGAUUUUAGGGAUUCCCCGUGGACGAACACUUGAUGAACAUAUUGACUGCGUAAAUAAAUAUUCUCGAUUUUCUCUGGAACUAUGUAUUCUCCUUGCGAAAGCUUGAAGGUAACCACAUGCCAACGUCACCGGUAUGGUGCCAGCCGAAUUCAUCGAUAACUUGAGCAGUUCUUUCGGGAUCCUUGAAGUACCCUACGAAAACGUUGGUGCCUUUUACGCACACUUCGCCUUGAUUCUUCUUCGCAAAGUAUUCCAUUUCCGGAACGUCCACCAAUUUAAUGCAGCAACAAGGGACUGGUGGACCUACAUGUUCUGGUACAUGAUCGCCCUAUAAUAAUAACGCAUAAAGGUAGAUAAAUUCACAUUCUCACUAUUAGAUAUCGAAAACAUUUUUAGCUAAUUCUUUCAUUGUAUUUUUAAUAUUGUACGUUUUUAAACUGAUAAUUCAUUCGGGCGAACGCUUCGUAAUUACUUGAAACAUUCGCUGCAAAUAUUGUUAAACUGUUGUGUAACGUGUUAUGUAAAUCGAAUAAAUCUGCAAAUCAACAUACGUACGAGAAAUAUAUAAA